ACAUAUUUGGGGUCUUCCCUCCAGGAUUGAUGUACAUGAACAUUACCUCCUUUUUCGAUUGUAUCAACAUCAUCAUCGGCAGCACAGCACCCCUAAACUAGGCUUGGCCCUUCAGGUCCGUGCCAAAAAUGUGUCUUUCCAGGACUGCUGGAGGCCGUUCUUCAAGUCCGUCGUCAGCCUCACAGCUAUAACGGAGCACCUCCUGUGUGGAUCUCAUUUUGCUGCAAAGUACUUCCCCUCCCUGGAGUAUUUUGACUUCCAGUCUAUGCUCUAUGCAGAGUUUGUAGAUAUGACUGACCUGAACACACUUGUGCAGCUGAGGUAUCUUAAGCUGAUGAGAGUUGACCUUAUCCUGCAACCGGGGCUGGCCAUGGUGUUCCACAAUCUGACCAAACUGGAGAGCCUGAACCUCAUCUCCUGUAGGAUCCUCAUUCUGGAGGAGGAGCUGAGCAGAGACCUGCACUCCCUCGUGCAGCUGUCAAUCAAAGUCCAAGAGGAGUUCAGUAUGUUAGAGACCUUCCCAGAGCCCCUGACCAGCCUGAGUUACAUGUUGUUCUACAAACCUCGUCUGCACUGUAGCUGUGACAACACCUGGCUGGACAACUGGGCCAGGGGUCAGAGGCAUAUCCAGGUCAUCAUCUGGCACCCCAAUGAGGCUGAUCUGACCUGCAAAGAUGAGACCGGUAUCCAAAACUUUGCCAGGUACUCAGAGGCCAACUGUUCCCUGGACGUGGGCUUUGUCCUGCUCUUCUGCACCUCCCUGGGCCUGCUCCUCUUCAUGCUGGUGACGGUGCUCUAUCAGCUGGCUGGGGACUACCUGCUGGCCUUCUGCCACAUCCUCCGUGGCUGGCUGGAGGAGGCCGUGCGGAGGCCCAACCCCAGAGGGCGCCACUGCUAUGAUGUGUUUGUGUCGUACAGCGGUAGAGACGAGCGCUGGGUGGUGGAGCAGCUGCUGCCGGGCUUGGAGCAGAGGGGGCCUCCCUACCUGCGUCUCUGUCUGCAUAGCAGGGACUUCCAGCUGGGGAAGGACAUUGUGGACAACAUCACAGACAGCCUCUACAGCAGCCGCCACACUCUGUGUGUGGUGAGUCGUCACUACCUGCGCAGUAACUGGUGCUCCCUGGAGCUACGACUGGCCACCCUGCGUCUGUUGGUGGAGCACAGGGACAUCCUUAUCCUGGUCAUCUUGGAGGACAUCCCUCCUCGCCAGCUGUGUGCCCACCACCGCCUGGCCAGGCUGGUCAAGACCAGGACCUACCUGGACUGGCCUCAGGAACCGGCCCUGCAGUCUGCCUUCUGGGACCGUUUGUGGAUCAAACUGGCCACUCCUGAACCAGAUCCCAGGCAGUAACAUUUACAUUGACAUUUUGCUAAUUUAGAAGACCCUCUUAUCGAGAGCGAGGUAGAGUAGUGAGUGCAUACAUUUUCGUAUUUGUCGUUUUUUUUGUCAUAAUAACACAACACACAAGAUAUACAUGACUACCUUUAUCAUGGGUAUUUUGAAUUUACAGACAUGGGAAAAUAGUAAAUUUUUACAUUUUGUUCCAUACUGUGCUACCUGCAUUGCAACAGAUUUUGGUUUGGUCUUAUUCUUUGAGUUUAUUUUAUUUUAUUCAACAUUGCAAAUACAUUUUUAUUGUUUAACAUAUUGUGUUGUUAUUGUUUUUUCUUUGCUUCGCUUUCAUUAAACUUCCCUGUUGGAAGGAAUGUAUAUAUAGUAUGCCUUGAUCAUUUGAUACCAAACACACACAAACACACUAGAGGCCAGUCUGAUAUUGUGUACUGAAUGUCAAGCUGUCCAUACUUUAAGAGUAGGAAAAUGAUUCACGUAUACUGUAUUGUUGAUUGCACUGUGCACAAGACAACACAAUAUAGCCUCGCUACUGUUUUUCACUUUCUUUUUACUGUUGUUUUUAUUUCUUUACUUAC